AUGCUCGUCUGCAGUGCAAACCCGCCAUCGCACCGGGACGUGGUGACGACACAGGGUACAGUGAGGGGGUACUACGCGCCCCGACCACCUCACUACGCGUACCUCGGGCUGCCCUACGCCCGCCCGCCCACAGGACACGAUAGGUUUAAGGCACCAACACCGCCUAAAGCUUGGACCGGGAUUUUCGAAGCCAUCCACAAGAUCAAGUGUCCGCAGCCAGAUGGUUCAGGAGAAGAGAACUGUUUGGUGCUCAAUGUGUUUGCACUAGCAGGUGCAGCGUCCGCGCCGGUGAUUGUGCACUUCCACGACGGAGGGUAUCAGAAAGGGUGGGGCGCGUACAAAGGUCCCGAAAGGUUACUCGAUCAAGGAUUUAUAAUAGUAACUUUCAACUAUCGACUCGGUAUCCUUGGAUUUUUAUGUUUGGAUUUGGAAGAAGUGCCUGGAAAUGCUGGUCUGAAAGACCAAGUAGCUGCUUUGUAUUGGAUACAGCAAAACAUCGCUAGGUUUGGUGGCAAUGCGUCAGAUAUUACAGCUUACGGUACAGGAGCGGGUGCAGCUUCCACAGAGAUGUUGUUAUUGUCCGGUUUAACAAAGGAUCUUAUUCAUAAAGUGAUUAUGGAAUCAGGAUCGGCUUUAUCGCCAUCGUCCAUUACUCAUGACCCACAUGCCGAUGCUUUACAUGUUGCUAACUAUCUAGGAUAUAAGGGCAUCGAUGAUUCCAAAUAUCUAAAAGACUUUUACAAAGAGCUUCCGGUUAGAAAUCUAACUAAUGUGUCCAGAAAAUUAUUGCCCUGUAUAGAAAAAGCCUAUCAUUCAACACAUAGUUUACUAAAUACAGACCCCAGGAAUAUCAUAAAAAGUGGAAGUUACCAUCAUGUUCCAACACUAAUUGUAUACACAAACACUGAACAAAUGGCAGUAAUUUCUGAAAACAUUCAUCGGUUUAAGACAGCACCUGACACUUUUGUUGAUCUGCUUCCAUCAGAUUUGUCUUACGAUAGUGACCAAAUGAAAUAUAAAAUAGCUGAGCUGGUAAAACAUUUCUAUUUUAAUGAACUGGAACUAAAGGAAAGUAUAAUACAAAGUUAUGUUGAUUAUGUAAAUGAUAUAUUUUUGGAAUACCCAUUAAUUAAAUCUGCAAGUUAUCAUUCAAAGAAAACUCCAGUGUUUUUAAUGAAAUUUUUAUAUAAGGGAACGUUAAGCAGAAAUAUGAAUGAGAAAAUUCAUGGUGCUGCACAUGGCGAUGUAUUCAGAUACAUCAGUUCUAGUAAAAAUUUAGAUGGCUUUGAUGCUGUGAUUGUUGAGACAAUUAUAGCUUUGUGGACAAAUUUUAUAAAAUUGGGGGAUCCCACACCUUUAACUACAAAGUACAUUUCUGAAAUAUGGCAACCAGUUGUUCCACAUAUGAGUGAUGGGAAUGUAAUAAUUCUACAUAAUAUUAAUUGCUUUAUCUUAGGCAAAUCUCUGAGAAAUGAAGUAUUGCCCGGACAGCAAUUUUUAUUCUGGGAUCAUAUUUAUGAAAAAUUUUAUAUUAAUUUGGCAGAG